AUGCUACCACAAACGGGUAUAUGUCGUGUUGAUGAACGAGCUUGCGGUAAUAAUGAAUGUGUAAAAAGUGAAUAUAUUUGUGAUGGUGAACCGGAUUGCCGAGAUCGUAGUGAUGAACAGAAUUGUCCAUCGAUACGUUCAUGUGAACCAAACGAAUUCAAAUGCAAUAAUGGUCGCUGUGUGCAAAAAAUGUGGCUCUGUGAUGGUGAUGAUGAUUGUGGUGAUAAUUCAGAUGAACAAGCUUGUAGUCAUCGAGUUCCAGCUGAUGGUUGCUCAACAAGGGAAUUCAAAUGUCGUGAUGGUCGACAAUGUGUUCCACUUAGUUUCCAUUGUGAUGGUACUAAUGAUUGUCAGGAUGGAUCUGAUGAGAUUGGAUGCGUACAACCAACAAUUGUGCAACCACCGGAAACGAAUAAACAAGUGCAUACUGGUGGUACUUUCCAGUUGACAUGCAAAGCGGUAGCUGUACCUGAACCAUACAUCAAUUGGCGUCUUAACUGGGGUCCUGUUUGUGAUCCACCAAGAUGUACACAAUAUUCUGAGGGUGGUCUUGGUACACUUACGGUGACAGAUGCACA